AUUUACAUAGGGCCCAGACUUGCUCUUUUUUAUUGCCUGCAGCACGAUGUUUGUUCAGACUGGGCAUUGUGAAGUGUAAACCCAGGUCCCACUGGCACCAGCACUCACCUCUGCCUUUUCUAGAAGCAGAUCAGUCCAUAAUGCCUGAAGUGCGAGACCUCUCAGAUGCCUUGCCUGACUUGCCGAUGGAUCCCAUCACGGGUGUUGGUGUGGUUGCAUCCCGGAACCGAGCACCGACAGGUUAUGAUGUAGCUGCACAAACAGCAGAUGGCUUGGAUGCUGACCUCUGGAAAGAUGGCUUAUUUAAAUCCAAGGUCACACGAUACCUGUGCUUCACGAGAUCAUUUUCAAAAGAAAAUAGUCAUUUAGGCAACGUUUUGGUUGAUAUGAAGCUCAUUGAUAUCAAGGACACUUUACCUGUGGGCUUCAUCCCCAUCCAGGAGACUAUCGAUACACAAGAAAUAGCUUUCAGAAAGAAGAGGCUAUGCAUUAAAUUCAUCCCUCGAGAUUCUACAGAGGCAGCGAUCUGUGACAUCCGAAUCCUGGGUAGAUCUAAACAAGCCCCUCCUCAGUACACAUUCAUAGGGGAGUUGAACAACAUGGGCAUUUGGUACCGGAUGGGCAGAGUUCCACGCAACCAUGAAUCUUCACAGCCUGCGACUCCUCCUUCCCAAGUACCAUCUUCGACACCAGCUCCUAACCUGCCAAGGCAUAUCUCGCUGACACUCCCUGCCAGCUUUCGAGGGAAAAGUCACAGCACUCGCCUGGACUUGGAGCACCAGCACUCAAAUUUGUAUGCCAUAUCAGCAAUGGAUGGAGUGCCUUUUAUGAUUUCUGAGAAGUUUGCCUGUGCUCCUGAAGGGAUGCAGCCAGUUGAUCUCUUGGGCAUCACAAUCAAAACCCUUGCAGAAAUCGAAAAGGAGUACGACUACAGCUUCCGGACGGAGCAGAGUGCGGCGGCCCGCCUGCCGCCCAGCCCUACCAGGUGCCCGCCAGUCCCGCAGUCCUGAGAGGGACCGCCGGCGCUGGAGCAGGUGUGUGUGUGCAUACUACUGAGCAGGACGCGGCGCCAGGGCCGUCCCGGCAGACACCCGCUCGUCCGGCCAUCACCGCCCGCCCUGCGCUGCACCACCUCCUCCUGCACACGCCGCUCCACGCGUUGGGACUGCGCAGCCCUUCGGCAGCUGCCCCCACCCUCCCUUGCUGCUGCGGACGUCUCUCCACGUGAGUACGUGACUGGGAGCCUGACGGCAGCCCCUUGGUUGUCCUCACUUCCUAACCCCUGCUGCAGGACAGUCACCAAAACCAGAGCUGUAACAAACUGCUGUGAACAGCAAGCCGUGAGCUCGCAGACCAUCAAGAAACGCUCAGCAGUGAGCCCUAAAAGUAAGGAAGAGUAAAAGAUACGGCUGGUUAAUCUGCAAGCCCCCGGGCAUCCCGCCUGAGCUGACGUGGAGCUGAUGGGCUCUCGACACCUCGCGGCGGGAGGCCCCUGCAGCACUCGGUCCAACGGGCAGCACCGAGCCACGGUGGAUGCCCUGUCUGCCUCCACCGAGGUCUGGGCACACAGCAGCCCCGCCACGGCCGGGAUCAACCCCAGACUGUGAUCACUUGUUUUUGCUGUAGGCUGGCGGAGCCAGGGUUGCUUGCUCAGACCUGCCUUGGCCUCUCUCCCCGGGCACUGGCAAGGCGGAGGGGUGCAGAGAGCACAAGCUGCACUGCAGUUCCCAAGGUGAAGCUCCUCCACUUUGCACAGCGUGUCUGUGUGUCCGUCAGGACCUGGAGCAACAAACAUCCUGUAUUUCUUUCCGGGGUGGAUGCUGGCAGCAGCCCAGGCAGACCCUGGCAGCACCCCGCUGACCCCUGGCCAAGCUGCCUGCGGAGCUGGGGCCCUGCUGACAAUGUGGAUGCUGUCACCUGCCCGUCACUUUGGACAAUUUUCUAAUAUUUGCCCCGCUAGCUGCUAAAACAUAAGAGAUGUGCCUGUUCCCUUGUGCACUCACGGGGAAGCACUGAACUCUGACGUAGUGCAGGAUGAGAGUGGGAUGCAUUAAACCCUGACCUCAGCCUCCUUGUGAUCGCUGACCUUAGCUCGCUCCCGAGUCAAAUGCAUGUCUUGGAGAAGUCUGUUGCUGUAAUAAGUUAUUUAGAAGUGCCCAUCUGACUCCGUGCUGCUUUUUCAAGUCUCUACUGUAGAACAAAGCUACAUCAUGGCAGCAAAAUGGCAAUUUUUAAGUUAGUGUUAAAACGUACAACUUUUUGUAUUGUAAAAUACUGAUUACCUAACCCUAUUGAAAUGCAAUUGCCAUAGUAACAAAUAACAGUAUUGUUGCUCUCAGUCUGGGUCAUAUGUAUGCCCUGACCUGCUUUGCACUGCUUUUGAUUGAUCUUGCAUUUUCUAGUUGGACAGAAUGGUGACUAACAGUAGGUUUUGUACUGUCAGCUUGUAUUUUUUAUUUGUACAUAUGUAAAAUAUUUCUUGUCCAAAGAUUCAUUUCUGGUUUUAAGGCACCAUACCAUAUUGCUGGGAUAAUGAGCACAAAAUACCAUAACAUUCAGGACAGACCAAUUCCAAGUCUUUGCUCCAACUUGUUCCAGUCAGGUAAAUCAUUUUCUAAAACUGCCUCUGUAAAGCAAGGCUGUGCGAUUGGAAAGCAGGGGCUGAUUUCAUUGUAGGUGUGUCAUAUCUGGGCGAAAGAAUUAAAGCUAAUGCCAUUUGAACCAGCUCUGGAGGUUUGGGUGACCCCCUGGAAGUGCUCGUUUACUUGGAGGUUGCAGCACCAGUUUUAGUUCUUAUUUAUCCUGCAGGAAAGCAAAGCCAGACCUCACUGCCAAGCUUCACAAAGGCUAGAUUGAUGAUGCCGACAUCGACAAAUGAACAUACCAUGGCAGCCUGGUCAUUCAGCUCAGGUUCACUUGAAGUUCAAAUCCACUCCAUGCUGUAGUACUAUGCCCAUCUCAUCCAUCUUUUGUCUUUCUAUUUUUCUGCUCGUAAUUUGUUCUGUAGUUUUCUGUGGCAUCCGUUUAUAGCUUCUCGUGUGGCUUAGUGGACACUGCAGGUAGGUAGAAGCCAUCUGCGUGGUGCACUCCUCACAGCUUUGGGAUGAAGGACCUGCAGAGAGCUGACGUUCCCUGUUACUGGUGGUGGAGGAGUGAGGGUUGCAGGCUGGUACACGGCAGCCAGCGCAGCCUCUGCAGGGCUCCAGGGGCAGUUCCUGCCACCAGGAGAUGGGGAGACAGCUGCCAGGACCCCCUCCUCGAGCUGUGUCUUCCCGUGCCAAGGUCAGGGCUGACUGCACGGCAGCCGGAGUGCUCAGUGAGGAGCAGGUUCGGAUAGCUGCCGAGCCCCGCAUUCAGUGGGGCACUCCCCAGGUAUGUCUUGGAAAAAUGGGUGCAUAGCUUCGAGUCCCUUCCUGUGAGAUUUAGCUUAGAGAGCAUCAGUAGAUAAAAUUGGUGCUUUAAAUAUUUAUAGCAACAGUUAAUGUUUGCUCAGCCUUCUUAGAGAUAGUGAGCUCACCUUUCUCUUCCAUGACCUACAAGAAACACUGGAUGGCUCAAAACGCUGACAGGACAUGCAGCUGGGACAAGCAUCUAAGAAAUCUUCAGGAUAUAUUUGUAUAGUUGGUUCUCACUCUUCCCUCUCUUACACUGGGCUAGCAAAGCUGCUUCAGGGGUGCAUCUGCAAAGAAACUUGAGAGAGAGUUUGAUCUUCACAGUGUGUUUCUGCACUGUGGCACUGCAAGGAUACCCUGUACUGAAAGCAUGAAUAGUACAAAUGCAGUUCUUGUGGUACAAAUGCAAUAGAGGUGUUUUGAGCAAAGAGCUACAGCUGCUGAGAGCCAGCUGAGCUGUCAGACCUGCUAACCGAAGGCUGGAAAUCUGGGCAUUUCCAAAGGGGAGAGGGCUCAAAGCCAGUGCUUGGAAGCACAGUGAGACACAUGGCACAGGGUGGCUGACUGCAUGUGUUGUCUUCUCAGUCCGCCGAUUAUAGGAAGCUUCUUUAUUGCACCUCUGAAUUCCCAAGAUCUUGGGCAUCAGGUCAGCAUUUCCACAGACAGGUUUUAUUUGCUGUUCCAUAACUUUUGUAUUCACGGCAACUCAUUGCAAGGCUGGUCCUUGCAUGCUCACAGCAAGUCCUCCCUGUUGGUAUGUCCCAUAGGCACUACCAGCAUCUCUCUGCAUCUUCCUCCUCCCUGUCCAAACGGUGACUGUGGUAGCAUUGGCCCAGGCAAUAAAUAUUCACGGAGCCUGAUGUUGAUGUUGUCUGGCUGUGGAGAAGCCUUCUGGAGCAUAAGAGGAGGGGAUGAGUCAAUGGAAAGCAACAGAAAUGGAUUUGCAGAGCUUUACCAGAUGUGCUUGGCUACCUUGCCUGUAUUUCUAGAACAAAACUAGUCUCUAGGUAGCUUAAUCUUGUGGCUGAUGGAGAAAUUAGUUUGCCAAAUUAUCAUACGUCUGCAACAGAGACAGAAAAGCAGCAGUGAGGGGUUUACUUACUGUAAAAUACACUUUCUGAUGUGAAUUAGUAGUGACACACUGCCUCCUGGAUUUCUCACGGCAAAGAGCGGGUAGCGCACAGAGAUGACUUGUGGGCCAUCCAGGCCAGGCAGUGCUGUCUAAUGUGUUAACAAUGGAGAGGCAAGAAAUUAGUCCAGAAAGUAAUGUAGAGUGUGAACUUUGUGAUAAAAUUCAAGUGUGGACAGUUGUAGCAGGUGUCUUCCCUGUGGGAGCAUCUCAUAGCUGUAGUUACAUAGGAAUAAACUUUGUCAGACUUUUUUCCUUUGACUGUCACUGAGUUUGCCCGCGGUGUUUGUAGGAGAGGAUCCCCCGCGAGCCUCCUGUGUAGUGAGAGGUUGUUGGUAGUCUGUAGCUUUGGGCUUGUUUGGUUUCACACCUGCCCCUGCCCCCACCGGUUUCCUGAGCUCUCCAGACCAAACGCAUGCACCGCAGAGCCUGGAGAAAGUCCCAACGUGGGCACAGCACGUGCCAGGUGGAUGCUGGUGGUGAGGGCGUGCGUCCGCAGGUCUGGGCACCUCCUCUUCAGUGGGGCCCUAAAAAUCUCCUUGGGGGAGGGAAAACGGGAUGCGGCGGCUUUGGAGCUGGCCGGUCCCACGUUGGCCUUCACCUCCCCACUGCCCUCAGGCAACGCGGGGUCUGUCUCCCCAGAUCUGCCCACCGGCCACUCUCCCAAAGCAGCCCCAGGAGCCUGGCCAGGGUGGCAGCGGGCACGUCUCACAGGUGCCAGCAGAGCAGCUCACCGGAGAGCCGUUCCCACUCCUCCUGAAGGGCAUGCGCAUCUCGCUGCAUUCAAAUAAUUACCUCAGCCUUCGAGCCUUGACGAACGGACGGGAAUCCCUCCCGGCAGCGGGGCAGCCGAGCGGUGUUGGUGUUAGUUAUCCUAAGCCAUAAAACUCUGACAGCGUUGCAGUAGGGAGGGUGCUCCUCUGCUCAUGAAAAAGCUCAGUAAGGUGCUGCUCAAUUCAUUCAAUACAGGGAAACCAAACAGUUUGGAUAUUCUGGUCAUUUAUUGUGAAAUUGUUUCCUAACAGCAAGAGUUUUAAAUGUCAUCAUGCAAAUGGAAGACAAACCUUUUAUGCAGUUGCAAAGUGUUUUUUUAAGAUGCUAUGCAUUUUGUUGGGUUAUUGAAAGUGAAUUUACUGUGCAUUAAUCUUAUGAAUGUUACUACGUUUUAUAUUUAUUUUAGAUGACCCUCCUGUAUUUUACAAAGGGAAGUUUCAUUGUGUGAUAACUUAGUCUGUAUUCUUAAUAUAAUUUGUUAAAUAAAACUUGGUUUAAUCAG